CGUAUCGCUGCAGCGGAGACCGCGGAGACGCAGAAGCUUCGGAAGCUCUCCCCUCCCCUUGGUGGUGAAGCUCGCGCCCAAGCUCGCGCCCAGCCGCCUGGGUGCCGGGACCAGUAAGCGGGCGGCCGUCACACACAUCGGUGCUCCGAAAAGUGGUGCACGGGAUCGACGCCGCGCGCCACUGUCGGCCCUGGUCCUGUUGUCCUGAUCAGCGCGGAAGUGGUCAUCCAUCUGUCCAAGCUUGUCCAGGCGACUCUAGGCGACUCCAGGCGACUCCAGGCGACUCCAGGCGACUCCAGGCGACUCCAGGCCGCCGCGAUGACGCUGCUGCUGCUGCUCCCCGUGCUGCUGCUGGGGCUGGCGCUGCUGGCCGGACUCCUGGUGCUGGCCAAGUCCUCCGUCACCUUCUCCCGCCUGCGCAAGCAGUUCCCCGCGCCGCCCUUCGCCUUCCUCAUCGGCCACGUCAGCGCCUACUGGGGCGAUGAAGUGCACUUGUUCAAAACGAUGCAACGUUUCCGGGCGACCAUGGGGCGCCGGUGGCUCAUCAAGAUGAUGAACGAGCACGCCCUCAACCUGACCGACGCCGAGGGGGUGGAGGCGGUCAUGACGAGCAGCAAGCACAUCACGAAGGGGCCGCUGUACGACUUUUUGCUGCCCUGGCUCGGCCGCGGCCUGCUCACCAACUUCGGAGGGUCCUGGCACCACCGCAGGAAGCUGCUGACCCCCGCCUUCCACUUCAAGAUCCUGGACGAGUUCGGGCCGCUGCUGGCGCAGCACUCCGAGCAGCUCGUCGACGACCUGCGGGUGGUGGCCUCCGGCACGGAGCCCCUCGACGUGGUGGAGCACGUGUCCAAGAUCACCCUGGGCACCAUUUGUGAAACCGCCAUGGGCGUCAACCUGCACAGCUGCGGGGAGGGGGACGAGUACUUCGCCGCCGUUCGAACUGUGGGUGCCUCCGUCAUCUACCGCAUGAUGCGGCCCUGGACGUGGAACGACUUCGUCUUCGGCCUGACGCCGCACGGCCGGGAGGUCACCAAGUGCAUGAACACGCUGCACCGUUUCACCGAGAAGGUGAUACGCGAGAGAAAAUCUACCCAAGACACCAAGGCCGCCACCGAGCCCAGCCCGGGAGGCGAGGUGAAGCUCCGCAAGCGCCGGCUCGCGUUCCUGGACAUGCUGUUGGCCGCGCAGAAGGAGGACCUGACCCUGUCCGACGUGGACAUCCGCAACGAGGUGGACACGUUCAUGUUCGAGGGUCACGAGACGACCGCCAUGGCCAUCUGCUGGACUCUCUUCGCUCUGGGCAAUCACCCCGACAUUCAGGAACGCGUUCGCCAGGAGGUUCUGGGUGCCGGCCCCGCCUGGCAGGACAUCGUCGCGCUGCCGUACCUGGAGCAGGUGGUCAAGGAGAGCCUGCGCCUCUACCCGCCCGUCCUGUACAUCUCCAGGAUCAACGAGCAGGGCCUCGACAUCGGCGACAAGCACGUGGAGUCCGGCGUGCACCUGGACAUGAUCAUCUACUGCCUGCACCGGGACCCGGCCAACUUCCCCGACCCGGAGCGCUUCGACCCGGAGCGGUUCGCGCCCGGCGAGGACCGCGGCCGGCACCCCUUCGCCUACGUGCCCUUCAGCGGCGGGCUGCGGAACUGCAUAGGCAAGCGCUACGCCAUGAUGGAGCUCAAGCUGAUGGUCGCGGCCGUGGCCAGGGCCUUCUCGUGGCGCGCCCGGCACUCCCCCGAGGAGAUCGAGUUCAAGCCCGAGCUGGUGCUGCGGGCCAGCCAGGGCAUCCAGCUGUACCUGACGCCGCUGUGACUCCCCGAGCUCCCCGACAAGACUGCAGCGACAGGGGUGCCUCCUCGCAACCUUGCCAACCUAAUGUGAUAUUAGCUGCUCUAGCAGAAUUAUUAUUUUACCAUAUAGAUAACGAAUUAUGAAUAAAGAGAGUUGUUUGAGGAUGUC